CUUCCAACCUUCAUCCAUACUAGAAACCUGGACUGUAGAUAUAGUAGAAUGGUGAUCAGUGCAUUUAACAUUUUAACAACACAAAAAUUAUGCAUAUAAACAAUUAGUACUGACUUUGUGGUACCGAGCCGUAAUGACUAGUGUAAAACUUAAUUCCGUCUAAAUUUUCCUUUAGUAUGACGUUAAAGGGUGUAGUGUUGUGUACCAUAUAUCUCCUGUCGGUUACCACCUGUUUUUACACAACUCCACAAUGUGCAAGAGGAUGCAUUUGUUCACUAAAUUUCACAGAUUGUAAAUAUAACCACUUUGAGGAACUUCCCCAAGGACUUGAUCCGAAUGUAACUGUUUUGGAUCUGGCUUACAAUGAAUUCAAAGAGUCUCCCUCGCAGUUAAGGAAUUAUCCGACUCUAGUAAAUUUAAAUCUGUCGCAUAACCAAAUACAGACUCUUGGAGCAAGAGCUUUCUACAACCUAAGGAAUUUGAAGCUACUGGAUUUGACGCACAAUAUGCUCAGUAACUGGGGGGAUAUAGGAUCAAAUGCGUUUGCUUCGACGAAACAACUGACGUUUUUGGAUUUUUCCCACAAUCCGCUUCGAAGUUUACCCAGAGAGAAGAAUCCACUACAUAUACCUUCUUUGGAAAUACUUCGUUUGAACAAUUGCUCCAUCGAAAACUUAAACAGCAAAAUUAUCGAGAAGUUGCCAAAUCUCCAAGAACUACAUCUUUCGGAAAACCCCAUCAAAUUUCUACAAGCGGAUUUUGUGUCGCACAGUUUGAAGUUCUUAGACUUGAGUAGGUGUAACCUCCAAGAUAUUAGCACGACAGUUUUUAGGAAUCUAUCGUCUUUGCAAACAAUCUACAUGCAGCAGAAUAUCAAUUUGAAGAAAUUUUAUUGUGACUCUCCGAGUCUGCUCUAUUUAGACUUGUCGGACUGCAACCUUGAGAUAAUUCCCAGUGGUAACCUCCCCAACGUGUACGAAGCUAACUUCCACGGAAACCACUUCCGAAUGAUCCCGAAAUUCAGCUUCAAAAAUUACACGAACCUAAAAAUGUUGGACUUGUCGUACAACGCAAUAUCUUCAAUUGAGGAAAACGCUUUCUAUGGCCUCGACUACAUACAGCGAAUUGACUUGUCCCAAAACACUUUAUCAGACCUAAAUCGCGACUUAUUUGAUACAAACCGGGAGCUAAAAUUUCUAAAUAUGUCUAGAAACUACUUCAGCGAACUAGAAAACCUGAUCAGCGACUCGUUGGAGAUUUUAGAUCUGAGUUUGUGCGAAAUCCACUCGAUUGAUUUCGACUCUUUGAUCGACAUGCCACGACUGAAAAUCUUGAAUUUGUCCAAAAACAUAAUUUCGCUUCUACCCAAUGACUGGCAGGCUGGUAGUCUGUUAAGUCUGGACGUCAGCUUGUGUCGCAUCAAAAACGUCAACAACCGUACUUUUGCGUCAAUGCCGUCGCUCCGUCAGGUUAACCUCGCGGGUAACCGCCUCACCUCCGCAGCCCCCGAGGCUUUCGGGCAAGUGAUUUCCAUAGACAUUUCGGACAACCCUUGGAGGUGCGACUGCCCCAGCCUCAAACCUCUGUACCAAUGGUUGUCCAAAACCGGCAAACGCAUGGACCGGCUGUACUGUCAGUCCCCCGAAAUGCACGAAGGCAAGCCGUGGUUGUCAGCAUGUCAGAAAGAGUGGCAUCCUGAGCUAACCCGAAACGACUCGAUAUGGUGGUACACGACCGGCUUAAUUGUCACCGUGUUUGUAAUUUUAUUUGUCAUUCUCGCCAUGCGGAGAAUGUACUUGUUAAAAGAGAAACGCAUCAGAGAGGCCGAAGCGGCCCGGAGGACCGAAGAGAGGGAGACCUUGCGUCGCAUGCAACGCGUGCAAGCAGAAGCUCGCGAAGAAGCCAGCAGAAACGCUCCGGAUCCCCGGGAACUGCAAACGCCGCCUUCGUACAAUGAAGCCUUGUUAUUGCCAAGAUUGGACUCGUCGCAUCCGAGUUUGUCGGGGAGCUUGCACAGCAUCGUUUCCAAACAUAGCAUCACGGGCAGUAAUCCUGACGUUUCGAAAAGAGGUAGACCUAGGCGAAAGCGGAGAAGAAGGAAAUCGGAUUCUUCCGAAGGUCAACGUGCGUCUCGGGUCGUCGUUGACUCUGACACUACUUCAGACCCUGAACGACCACAACCUCGCACAACGUUAGAAAGUGAUUUUUAAAUGCUCACUUGACUGAUAUUCAAUUUAUGUCUAAUCGGAAAGUAGGACUUGACUGUCAGUCAAAUUUAGCUAGUCUGAGUAACCGCACGCUUAUCAUUUCUAGCUGGGCAGGGAUUAUCAUAAUUUGUCACUUGAUCGGAAAAUGCGAUCUUAGAUGCGACUUUCAGGACAAACAUCCUAUAUAUUUAUGACAUAAGACAGUAUUUUCUUCAACUAGACACUAACGUAUCGAAAGUACAAGCUUGUAACGCAACCAAUAAAAACGUUUUUAGGUUAAA